UUCUUCCCUCCCUUCCCCCCCCACCCCCCACAUCCCUUUUAGAGCUCUUAGUACCUUUACAUCUCUCUUUCCUCUAUCGUCCUUUCAUGGUGCGAGUAGGACUCCCAUGGUUAUAGCUCGUGUCUAAACUCAAUUCACAGUUGAACGCCUAGGGGGGAAGCAAUCAGGCCUACCCACUGCGUAUAGAUGUAUGUACAUACUUACCACCAACGAUGUUCAUGACUGUCACAAUAAUAACCUAGCCUCUAGACUCAUUCAGAUCCUAAUCCACUGGACCCGUCCGUUCCUUUCUACCGGUGUCUUUUCCCUUGUCUUCACGCCGGUCGCAUUCCACAUCACUUUUCCCUUCUCACACACACUCCCAACAUCAUGGCUUCCCUGAAUGAAGGAGUCUUGCCUUUGGAUGCAGAUGCGUUAAAUCGGCACAAUGAUGAACUCAAUGGCCGGCAAUCACAAGGCAGUUUAAUGAAGGCGUCCAUGGGAACAGAAUGGUUUAAGUUUUUCGGAGGUGGACAAAAAAAGGUUACACGAGAUGGUCAACCACCAAAACGACGGGGCCCUAAACCAGAUAGUAAGCCGGCCCUUACAAGGCGCCAGGAAUUGAAUCGUCAGGCGCAAAGGACACAUCGCGAACGCAAGGAACAGUAUAUGCGAGCGCUAGAGACUGAAGUCUCGCGAUUACGAGAGGCCUACACAGAAGAGAUAUCUGCGGCGAAUUUGACUGUCCACAAACAUCGAGAGAGGGUCCAAUCAUUAUCCGAGGAGAACAACAUAUUGAAAGAAAUUCUAGCCGCACAUGGCAUCAACUAUGAAGCGGAGGUGGCACGUCGCAAAGCAGAACGCACGAGUCCAAUAAACGCAACGUAUCAGUCUAGUCCUUUUGCCAGUAGCAGUGUUGGAUCGCAGCCUGCAGCUGCCGCGCAGUCAGCGCCAUCAACUCACCACGCUUACACGACGCCACCCACGACCAUAUCAGCCCCGUCUUCUAGUCUAAGUCCUAUUGUAAACGGGAUAGAACACAUCGACGUCUCACCAACUCAAGAGUUAUCGCCUCAGCAUAAAACUUACAGCGCUGCUCCCUGCGAUGCCUUGGCAACUCUUGACUGGAUAGCACCAGCGAGUCGCCAGCCUAAUCAGCCACCGGGUAUCUUUGAGAAUGAUCCUCAACUGCAAAUUGACUUUAUUCUGACGCUGGAAUCACCAUGUCGCGAACAUACCGACUACCUUUGUCGAAGAUCUAUUACCGAGGCCGAUGACGAGAAUAUGCCUUUCUCCGGACACGCAUUAAUGGCUUCCUGUCCGCCACCCAGUUACAUUGCCAACACAACCCACGAACAAGCCUACCCACAUCAGACAUAUGAUCUGCCACAUGCCAAUCUGACAACACUGCUCAACCUGAGUCGACAGCUUGUGACCGAUGGCCAAAUUACACCAAUCAUGGCCCUCCAAUGGUUAAAAAACCAUGAAAUGUAUCGCUCGUUGACCAGAGAUGACAUAAAGGUUGUAAUCGAGACGCUCAACACCAAAGUUAGGUGUUAUGGGUUUGGAGCGGUGGUGGAAGACUUCGAGCUUAUGGACUGUCUGAGCAGUGUCAUCGGGUCCAGGGUCGACAUGGGAUUCUCCCGCGCCGGCGAUGACACGCUGUAUUCAUAAUACCAUGACAUGAGGAGUUAUAGUGCUUUUACCCCAGGCUUUGGGUGGGUGGUGGGGGUGUAUAUAGAAGCUUCGUGAACAUUGUUUUCUUUCGGCUACGAUUUGCCGAUGCAUUGAUGUGGCACCUUGGUGUAUAUCAUCCUUCUGUUGUUUGUCUCUCGGCGCUGGCUGAGAAU